AUGGGUCGGCAUCGAGGACCCAAGUUCUCUUUCCCUAUUCCGGGACGCAAGUCAAAGGUCGACAAGAGCGGCGAUGACCUCACCAAGACAUCCUCCUUUCCCUCCUUCACAUCAGUUCCUUCUGCAUCUGAAAGACCCCUCCGCUACGACGAGUCCGCUGGCGUAUCCAGCAAGGCCCAACGCUUGCUCGGAACCGCUCCUCCUCCCUUUCGCACCAUGGCCGGCCAAUCGUCAGUGCCUCCUAGCCCUGGAUACAUGAGCAUCACUGUUUCCGAUACUGGAUCAGAUUAUGACGACAAGGCAGCUUCGAUUGCUGGGGAGCAUGGCGGUUAUAGGCUUCCGAUACGGCCAGCCUUGUCAAACCGCGCAUCCUCCAAUCUCAUGCCUCCGAACGCGGCGUACGAGGACGAAACGAACUACAGCUAUACAAGCCGGCAUCUGCACCCUACCACGUCGAAUUCGACAUUGCGCUCGCAUUAUGACGCGAAGAACUCCCCUCUAUCAAUUUCCCAGCAGACGUCCGACUCCGCAGUCCGCGAUAUGGCUUUGCGCAAGGGAUACCCUCAAAUCAGCGCCCACGAUCGUAAUCAUAUACAUAGUCCACUGGCCCAGGAGAUGGCGGAUGAUGACAGGAGAGACUACCGAAAGAGUAAGCCACCGCGGCUUGACUUGUCCAAACUUUUCCCCAAACCAAAAGGCCACGGAGGUCAAGAAUUCGGAGCGGCUCUCCUUUCGCCGAACAAGCUGGUAAACUCUCCCACAGCAAUGUCGACGGUCUCAGAUUACUUCCCCCGACCCAUGACCCGCGAACCUACUCCAACCCCGAGAACCCCUGCAAAGUUGACCAAACCACAGCCGAAACAGCCACCUCCUGCACCCCCAGUAGUGAGGCCGACGUCUCCUGUCCGGUUGCACAAGCGCGAUACGUACGACAGUGCCAAGAUUAAUGUCCGACGUCCUCCGCGAGGAACACAGCACUGGUUCGACGCUCUGAGCGAUGACAGCGACGAACUAGACGAGGAAGUGGAGGACACAGCGGCGCAUGCAUCGGCGCCAGCCAAUCGCACCAGACAAUACCCAGCAGUAAAGAAGCCGUCACAGCAUUCACUCCGCCAGGAAACUACAGUACCAAGACAUCAACCAUCACGUGCUUCUCAAUACCUGGCGGACCCAAGGCGAUCUCAGCAUUCCAAUACCAAUCAAAAUUUCCAUGGCAAUCAGUAUCACCAAGGCAACACCCCAGCCCACCGCCUCAACUCGCCAAGUGGGUAUUCAUUACACAGUCAAUCAUCACUCGGCACCGCGAGGACGAAGGGGUCGGCAUUUUCUAAAAGCAAUUUGCAGGAUUCCAGCGUUCUAUCGUUCUCCUCAUCUGAGGACGAAGGGGAAAGCACUCGUCCUUCUAGACGCAAAGUCUCGGUACGAGAUAGCAUCGAUAUGACGGAAGAUUCUGGCGACAUCGUUAUUGGCCAAGCUCAAGCUUUUGAAGUGCGACCCCAAUCGCAUUCUAGAAGACCCUCAGCGGGCAAACUAAGCUUAAUGUCUACGUCAACCAACGCCGCCACGAUAGAAGUGAUGUACACGCCAGAGCCUCCAUAUACACCAUUGCCGCCAUUUCCGACAGUCCACCGGACCUCAGCCAACGGCAGGCGGGCCAGCCACACGAGACAACCAUCUGUCAUUCACGAAGUCGAAGACAGGCGACCGCAGACAGCACGCCUUCGUUCGCAGUCUCCUUCCGCACGAAGUACCCGAACUUCUAAAAGCGAGCCAAAGUCUCAGGAGGAAAUGCGGAAGUUUAUGGCUGUCACGCCUGAGGAAGAGGCGCUCCUUGAAGCCUUACGGAAGAAGCGGCUUGCAAUGGCGCAACAAAAUCGGGCACAAGGAUAUGAAAAUGCUGCUAAGCAGGAGGACGUCCGUCAGCAAACGCCGCCAGAGCGGAACAACAAGAAGGCCGGCCCACCAGCAGCAUUAUUCUCGACCGAAUCUCCUUCAUCCAGCCCAGUCCGCAUCGUGGAGACAAAAAAGAAGGCAAGCAGGAAGCCUCAUGCUCCAGAACCGUUGUCACUGCUUGCUCCGCCCCGAGGACGCAAGAUCGCCAACCACGACCUGAAUAUGGGCACCAGCAUCCUUCGCGAUAGUUCUUCUUGUGAUCCUCGCUCUGGGCGAGAGGCACGUGUAUCCAUCCGUCGUGAUUCGAGGCCACUGCUAUCUCCACCCGAAUUCUCCCCGCUCGAUCUCUUUCCUUCACCAACCCCUACCGCAAGUGCAGCCUCACCUACCACCACCGAUCAUCCGUCACCUCUGCCCUCUCCUGUCACUCCUCGUAUGCGCCAUGGCGAGGAUGAUGUAGACGUAAAAGUUGCAAGCAGCGAACCGUCUUGGAAUGGAGAUAACGACGAAGUUGCCGUAAUCGAGACCGGCAUUAUUGACCCACCAGCUGGCAGCAUCAAGCCCGAAGAAGCACAAGCACAGCAUCAGCGUCGUCGCACCGCAUCCAGUGGCGCCGAAGUUCCUUUCUCGCUCCCCACCAAGAUGCCCUCGACCGAGUUCCGCAACCUCACUCCGGUCACCGAGACCUCAACUCGCCUGCCAAGCCCGGGCGAGCCUCCUUUGGAUCCUCUGCCGAAACUACCGAAGAAGAGCUCAUUCCGCAAUCCCUCUCUUACUAUCACCACUACAGGCCUGCCGAAGAGCAGACACAACAGCAUCGUCUCCGACCGCACUGCCUCCCCCAACCGCUCCGGCUACCCCGACCGUCGCACAAGUAGACAAGUAAGCCGAACAGGCAGUUUGGCUAGCAUGAACAGCACGGCCAGCAUCAAGCGAGACAGCGUGGCCGUGGGCACAGCGAACACACGCUGCAGCAUCAGUGAAGACGUGCUCGCAGCAUGGGGCAGCUUGGGCGGUAUGCGCGACUACGACACUGCGCGGUACUAG